AUGAAGAAGGUUGUCAGCGAAAUCAGCGGUGUGGUGUUCAGCCUUCCCUGGCUGGUUGCCCGGGACGAAGGGCUGUUCGAAGCCGAGGGCAUCGACAUGGAAUUCGUCACCGCGGUCAGCAGUGGUCGGGUCACCCCCACCGAAAGCCCGGAAGACGUCAAUCCUAUCCUCGGCCAUGUGGCAUUUCGAGGACGCCAGGGCGCCCGCAUCAUCGCCCUCCGUUCUGCAGUCGCCACUCAGGCUAUCCUGGUGCAUCCGGACUCUCCUCACUACUACCCGGGGACCCUGGGCAACAAACCGGUGGCCGUCCAGUUCCACGCCGGGUCCCACUACGUCGCGCUGCGGCUGCUGUCGGGGUAUCUGCCCAAGGAUAAGCUGAAGCUGGUCCAUUACGGCUCGCCUCAGUUCCGGUUUGAGGCCCUCAUGAACGGCGAGGUCGCCGCUGCCGCCCUCAUGGAACCCUGGAUCACCCUGGCUGAAAAGUUGGGUUGCCGUCCGGUUUGUGAGGGUCAUUACCUGGGCGCCGAGAACGCCAGCGACAACAUGGACGAGGAAACUUUCGCCGCCAUCAAUAGGGCCGUCGCCAAGGCGGUGGACCGGAUCAACGCCGACAAGCGCAGGUAUCUCCGGUAUCUCAUCGACGAGCCGCGGUUCGCCGCAGUCGCGGCCCAGCACGGUGGGGUCACUCCCGAAGACUUCCACCUGCCCCGCCUCCGCUACUCCUACAACACCCCUUACACCGACGAGAUAGUCGAGGACACCUACCACUGGAUGGUUGGUUGGGAUCUGCUGGACGGCGCCGCUUGCAGCGCAGACCUCGUGGACAACCGCCUGGCCGAACCGGCGGCGGCCGCCGCCGAUUAG